CUCACAUUAUCUGCCUCAUCCCGAGACACUUGGCAAGAGCAGCUACUUGUCUGCAAGCAAGGAGCUGCUGAGACUGGACUGAAAACAGUCAUACCCAAUGAAUGAACUUUUGAUCAUGAUUAUGACUGCAGUGCUUCAUACUAUCAACUAAGCUCCGAAUAUGGACAAGAAGUUGGACCUGUCCAGACUAACAGAAGAGGAGGCCAAACAUGUGUGGGAGGUCAUUCAAAGAGAUUUUGACCUCAGGAAGAAGGAAGAGGAGAGGCUUGGUGAGAUUAAAUCCAAGAUCGAGAAGGAAGAAACAAAGAAGGAACUCCUGGGCUCUCAGUCAAACCUGACUGACUCUCACUGUAUCCGCUGCCUGCAGCCAUUUAAGUUCCUGGUGAACAGCAAACGGCAGUGUAUGGACUGUAAACUCUACACCUGCAAGACCUGUAGCCGCUACAACAAGAAGGAGCAUGGCUGGGUAUGCGACCCCUGCCGCAUGUCCAGGGUCCUGAAAAUUGGAACCUUGGGGUGGUACCAUGACAAUGUACACUCUCGCUUCAAGCGUUUUGGCAGCGCAAAAGUGAUGAGGUCACUGUACAAGAGAUUAAAUGAAGAGGGGCACCGUGAUGAUGACACACGGAGCAUGCCUGAUGUGCGCAGUGAGUACACAAACACAUUCAUGGCAGAUGAUAGGACCGGGCUCUACACAGAGAAGGUAGACUACAGCUGUUCCUCGGAUCCCAACCGGGUCAUUCAUAUGGGCACUAGCCUCACACCAGAUUUCAGGAAAUCAUUGGCUGAAAGGUCUGGUGCCGGACGCUCUGCCACGUCUGGCCGCCGGAGUGCUGGAGGACUCGACAGGGUCUGCCCGGUCAGGGGACUCUCUGGAGAACUAGGCGUCCAGUCUGCUUAUCUUCUCAAGAGACGUCGAAAGCGGGCCUCUUGCGAGAAGCUGAGGAGAAAACUAGAUGAGCUGAUGAGUGACAAGGCGCUGUCCUCUGACGAGGAUGAGCCGAAAAGACCUCCUCAUUCCAAAGGGUCCGCUGUGAGGGGGGACCAUGCACCAAUGGCCCCUACAUCCCAAGAACCCUUGAGCUCCUCCAGUGAUGAAAUUCCCACUGAAGCACAAAAGAGAUCCACCGCGGCGGCCCUAUGCGACAUCACAACAGAGAUUCUAAGAACAAUUAAUGCCACUGAAAAUGCUAUGAACGAGUUGGCCCCCUCAAAUCCUAAUGACAGACCUCAGUUAGCGGGCACAGAUCUUAAGCAGGCUGAUGAUGCUUUCAGGGAACUUGAGGAAAAUGUGUACAUGACUGCAGGGAAGUCCUUCGAAAUGGCAAAAAAGUUGCAAAUGAUUGAGCAGAAUGCUAAGAAUCACUACAGCGGCCCGUUAACUGAUUCAGAGCUCUCUGAACUGGAGGACCAGGUUGCUUUGGCAGCUGCUAAGGUUCAGAGCACAGAAAGUGAGGUCUCAGACAUUGAGAGCAAGAUUUCUGCUCUAAGUGCUAAAGGAUUAUCAUUUGAUAAAGCCAAGAAAAAGGUGUAUAUUUUUGAG